AUGACAAGUCAUAACGAAAAGUUCAAACUCGGCCUUGAGUCGUUCGAACUCGGGUUGAAUAAAUUCGCUGACAUGAGUUUCCAAGAGUUCGCCGCCAGCCGACUCGGCAGCCGAAUGAAGUUGCCAGCCGAGAAGUGGACCAGUUCGUGGAACUCUGACGACAACCAGUGGCUUCCGAAUCACGUGGACUGGAGGAAACGAGGAUUCGUGAGGGAUGUUGGAGAUCAAGGAUCUUGUGGAAGCUGUUGGGCUUUUUCAACUGUAGGGAGCGUGGAAGGACAAUGGUUUAAUGCGACUGGGGGAUACAUGGGGGAGGCUAUGGAGUUCCUAAUCAGGAACGGGUCAGUGAGUCAAGCAGACUACCCCUAUGUCUCCGGGGACUUCCGGUCAGAUGGGGGGAGGGUGUAUGAAUGCAGAGCGGGAGACAGAAUGAGAAGAAGGGCCACGGUCUCCGGCUUUGUAAGGUUGCCAUUUGGAAACGAGCGCAGAUUGAAAGAAGCAGUGGCCAACGUUGGACCUAUCUCAGUAGGCAUAAAUGUCAUAGACCAGUUCCAGGGCUACUCGGGCGGAGUUUUCUACAGCCAGUGUUGCCACGCGUGCGAACUAAACCACGCGGUGCUUCUGGUAGGCUACGGGACGAAUAGUAUGGGUCAGGACUACUGGCUGAUUAAGAAUAGCUGGGGGACGGGUUGGGGUUUGAACGGGUACGCAAUGAUGGCUAGAGGCAUGAACAAUAACUGUGGAAUAGCUAGUUACGCUCUCUAUCCAACUGUCUAA